GGCAGAGCGCGUGUGAUCAAUAGACUACCACAAAGCACAAAGGAAUUAACCUACCAUAAUGAACAAGUGGAUACCGUCACUCCAUACAAAAGACGGCUAUCUUCCUUCCAUUCGCCCUUUGUUGCGGGGACAAUGAUAACAAUCAGCAUUCUGAUAGAUGGUGACCCCAAAUAGUGCGCCUAGCAGAGUAAAUUUGGACUCGGCGAGUCGCGGUCGUGGUCAGCAACACCUACCCAACCGGCGAGUCUGUGAGAACAAUCACAGAUACAUUUAGAUCCUUCCAUGGAGUUCUGGAGCCAGAAAAAGAGCUUGGCAGGGUAAGAGUCAGGACGACACUUUGGACAAAGCGGCAAAGGCUGCGGAGAGAUUGUGAUACCUAUAGACAAUGGAAAGACUCGGAAGGCCGCUUAAACUUGAAGGGCUGGGAACCACGGGGACUGCUCGGAAAUUCUAGCUGGAGUCAGGACUCAACAAGCGCCCACUAGUCAUGAGGCUUCGGGCCCGGAUCCUCAUUGCAGACCUUGAAAUAGAGUUGCAUUCCAUCGUUAGACAUUGCCACUCACCACCAUCAUUAAUCAUGCCCACAGCAACAAGACUGCUCUAUCAACAUCUCAUGGAAGUCGACAGUGGACAGCUGUCGGCCCAUAUUAUACAUGAAUCCAACUUCAUCGAAGAGCAACAUCAGUUGCGCAGUCUGUUAGAAAGGAACGAGGGACGUGCCCUUGGCCUUGCUGGCGGAUUUGCGCCCACUGGAGAGCUCGCGAUGCUUGCAAUUUCCGACACGUCCACUAUUAUCGGUAUCGAGUUCGAGUUGAAGAAGAACAAGGGCAACGAACACGAUGAACGCCCUGUCACACCCGCCAGUGAGAGAGGCAACACCGCUCGGGAGUUUUUGACACAGAACCUCCUUCGUCGCACAACCGGAUUCUUAUACGCUUUCGAUGUCGCUUCGAUCGCUCUGGCUCUAUUUCAAACACUUGAUCUUCGAAUCGCAAAUGCGAUCGAUAUACAGAGCAUAUCGAAAACACGUGUCCCGCUCGCCAUUGUUAAACAGGCCGUUGGUGAUCUUCAUCGUGUACACGAUGUAAACAUCAACAGAAUAUUCUGCGAUGAUACUAUCAUCAAUCAUCUGCCUGUGGCCCCUGCCGCUAAGAAUGGCAUUACUCCACUUGCACUACGUGCAUGGAUCGCACACUAUCUAUCACAGCUCUCAAGCAUGGAAGAUCGUCUCGCGCAAGUGCCCCCGGUGGAUACCUUCCGGCUCUCUGACGAGGCAUUAGAGUUUCUCGCGAAGAGCUCGAAGGAUUCGUUCCAGCUCGAGCAGAAGAAGCCGGCCGAGGUCACGCGUCAGUUUGCUACUUCUGUCGAUCAUAGGAACAACCGCAUCCAUGCCCAAGUCGACAGAUACCAGAACAAAAUCCGCAAGAACCAGCAUCAGCAUGCAUUCAUUGAUAUCGGUGGGCGCGACGGGCUGGGCUUCACUAUCGACGGACAGAUCGGCAGGUCUCAGGGUCGCACCGCCAACCUUGCUACCACCAACAGUCUCAGUUUAGUCGGCAAGAUUAUAGGCUCGAUCAAGAUUGUCGGCCGUGAAGACCCUACUCAGGCUGAGAGCCAGCGUGCUCAAAAGGUUCUAGAGAUCCUCCAAGGUCUCAUCAACCUUGAGCACGACAACCCAUGGGUUCAGCUCAUAUUCUUUUCCUCUCCAAGGGACGACUUCCAAUGGCCCCUCGCCUGGACGGAGGAGGCGAACGAUGCGGAUAUUGUCAGAUACCGUGCCGACCGUGUCACUCGCCCCCUCAAUCCAUCCCAGACGAAAGCUGUGAAGCAAAUGCUUCAGCAGUCAAAUGACAAGCGUCUCACUGUCAUCCAGGGGCCCCCUGGAACCGGUAAGACCACUGUCAUUGCUUCAUUUGUUCAGACCGCCCUUGCCGGUGGACUCUCUGGCAUCUGGCUCAUUGCACAAUCCAAUGUUGCCGUCAAAAACAUUGCCGAGAAACUCGCUGACAUUGGCCUGACCAAAUGGAAGCUUCUCGUCUCAAAGGAAUUUUUCGAAUACUGGCACGAGCACCUCUAUGCCAAGAUUCGGGCCAAUAUCAUUAUAUCGGAGGACUUCAAGGCUCCAAAUUUCUGCCAGGAGCUCCGGAACAGCCCAGUCAUUCUCUGUACCCUGUCGAUGCUUUCAUCUUUUGCUCUUCGCAUGCAUGGAGGUUUUAAAGCCGCGCCACUCAGGACCCUCGUCAUCGACGAAGCAUCCCAAAUUGAGAUCGGUGACUACAUACCUCUCUUCACUUCUCACACUACCAUCAGGAAGGUUUGCUUCAUUGGUGAUGACAAACAAUGAUGAUAUCCAGGACCUGAAGAGCAUCUUCGAGGUCAAGCAUCUCAAGGACCGUGCCAUUUUCCUGGAUACCCAAUGUAAGUCCUUUACC